AACUGGGGUUCUUAGAAGUGGUGAUGCAAGGAGUUUCUAGGAAAGCGCGGAGACCAGGUCUGAAAGCAACUUUGGGACUGUGAAUCGAAGCUCGAGGACAGACACAAGAUGGCGUCUCCGGCCGAAAGUUGUAUCCAGUUCACACGCCACGCUAGCGACGUCCUUCUCAAUCUCAAUCGCCUUAGGAGCAGAGAUAUCCUGACGGAUGUAGUGAUCGUCGUCAACCGGGAGCAGUUCCGAGCCCACAAAACGGUUCUUAUGGCCUGCAGCGGCCUUUUUUACAGCAUCUUCACAGACCAGCUGAAGUGCAAUUUGAACGUCAUCAACUUGGAUCCUGAGGUCAACCCCGAAGGAUUCGGCAUCCUCCUUGAGUUUAUGUACACCUCCCGCCUCAAUUUGAGGGAGAGCAACAUCAUGGCGGUCAUGACCACUGCCCUUUACCUACAGAUGGAGCAUGUCGUGGACACCUGCCGCCGGCUUCUCAGCUCUAGUGAGGCAGAGAUGAUGUCCUCUGUCAAGACUCCCCGAGAAGAAUUCCUGGCAAGUCGGAUGUUGAGUCAUCCCGAGAUGAUGGCUUACCGGACCAGAGACAUGUCGGAGAACAGCAUGCCUCUUCGGAAUGGGCCAAUUUGUGAUGGACGGGCUUUUGCCACUAGCUUAUACAGCGGCCUGUCUGGGUCCCCCAUCUCCUACACUGGAUACAGCCCCAUGCCUGUUAAUGGCUUCCUUUUCUCAGAUGACGAGCUAAGAGAAGCAAGGUUGCCUUUGUCAGAUGUUUCAAGAGCCAACCUUUUCCCACGGGAAAGGGUCCUGCCAUGCAACACCUCCCGGGCUGGCGCCCCCGAGUACACCCGAGCUGUCACUGAUGUCUCUCCCAGCAUGUGCCAUGCCACUCUCUACUCUCCAAAAGAGGCUGCUGCUGAAGAAGUCAAGAGUGAUGCACACUACAUUCCCGGACUCAAACCGGCAGCCCCUCUGGCACGGAACAAUCCUUACUUUGCCUGUGACAAAGUGAGCAAGGAAGAAGAGAAGUCGUCCUCAGAAGAAGAGAUCAGCCAACGCUUUGAGCCAAGCAACACCCCGAUGAAUCGCAAGGUUCUCACCAGCCCCCAGAGCCCCCAGAAAUCGGACUGCCAACCCAAUUCGCCAACCGAGUCCAGCAGCAGCAAGAACGCUCGCAUCGGCCAGAGCUCCGGUUCCUCCUCUGCCAAAAGUCCCUCCGACCCCAAGGCUUGCAACUGGAAGAAGUACAAGUUUAUCGUGCUAAACUCGCUUAACCAGAAUGCCAAGCAAGACAGCCCUGACCAGAACGAGGCGGGGACUCUUUCCCCACAAUCUUACAUGCCCUCCCUGACUUGCCAGCAGUCCAUGGAGCCUGAGAAUUUAGAUGUGCAAUCUCCAACCAAAAUGAGCAUUAAUGGGGAAGAGUCAACGAUUCCCCAAGCAAGCAGGUUGAACAGCAUCGUUAACAGGUCGUUAGACGGAUCCCCCCGGAGCAUUGAGGGGCAGUCCCCGUUAUACCUACACUCCUCCAAGUGCAGUUCUUGUGGCUCACAAUCUCCCCAGCAUUCAGAGAUGUGCCUUCAUACCCCCGGCUCAAACUUUGGAGAAGAGAUGGGGGAAACGCAGUCCGAAUAUUCAGAUUCUAGUUGCGAAAAUGGAACCUUUUUCUGCAACGAGUGCCACUGCAGAUUUUCGGAAGAGGCUUCUCUCAAGAGACACUCCCUCCAAAUGCACAGCGACAAGCCCUACAAGUGUGACCGUUGCCAGGCCUCCUUUCGCUACAAGGGGAACCUAGCCAGCCAUAAAACCGUUCACACAGGGGAGAAACCCUAUCGCUGCAGUAUUUGUGGAGCCCAGUUCAACCGGCCAGCCAACCUGAAGACUCAUACACGCAUCCAUUCUGGAGAGAAGCCGUACAAAUGCGAGACCUGCGGUGCAAGAUUCGUCCAGGUAGCACACCUCCGUGCUCAUGUUCUGAUCCACACCGGGGAGAAACCCUAUCCAUGUGAAAUCUGUGGUACACGCUUCAGGCAUCUCCAGACACUCAAGAGUCACCUUCGGAUCCACACCGGAGAGAAGCCGUACCAUUGUGAAAAGUGCAACCUGCAUUUUCGUCACAAAAGUCAGCUCCGUCUCCAUCUUCGUCAGAAGCAUGGGGCCAUCACAAACACGAAGGUGCAGUACCGAGUCUCGAGUGCAGAAGUCCCACCAGAGCUCCCGAAGGCUUGCUAAAGAUGGACACGGUUUUUGGAGGGCCCAAAUCAAGUAUGGUCAGGAUGGGGGGACGGACAGGACUCGCGUCCCAAAGGAUACUUAUAACACUUUAAGGAAAAAAAAAAAAACCUUUUUGUCACACAGUGGAGUGCCUCUUAGAAGCCCAGAGUGCAGACAGGUGGAAAAGAAACAUUAAAAGAAACGGGUUUUGUUUUAAUUAUUUUGUUUCCCAGUUAUGUGAAUUUUAAAAACACGUCGUCUGAUCUAUUGUG